GCCACGCCGAGCGCGCCAUGGGCCACCAAUGGCCACCACCGCCGCCCUCUCCUGCUCCUGCUCCCCGUCUCCCUCACCUUCCUCCACGCUGCUCCGGCGAACAGUUUCUCCCUUCCACCGCACACCCGAUGCCCGCGCUCGCCGCCUCCGCCUCGCCCCCUUGCACGUCGUGGAUGACUCCAAGGAGGUGGAGACGGCGGUCGCCGGCGCCGGCAGCGAGAGGUCGGAGACGGACAAGCUGGUCGACGGGAUGGACUUCGGGGAGCUCUGCAACGACUUCGAGUGCAUAAGCAGCCCGUACGUGGAGUCCACGGCGAGGCAGAUCGCGCGGGACAUCCUCGAGAUCCGCGAGGACAACCGCGCCCUCGCCUGCUACGCCGUCGCCGUCAAAUAUAAGGAUCCCCUCCGGACAUUUGUUGGGCGUGAGAAGUACAAGCGGCCAUUGUGGAUCACAGAGGCUCUGGACAACCCUACGGUGACAGUCCAGGAAAUGUCAAUGCAAUCCACAAAUGCACUGACCAUCAAAUGGACGCUGAGAGGGAAACCCAAGAACCCCUUCUUCUCGGCGGUCGGAGGGGAGUUGAUCGUUCGUGUCAACUCGCAGUUCGUCCUGAACCAGAUCAGCGGCCAAGUGCUUGAACACGUCGAGUCAUGGGACCUCUCUGGCUCAUCCGCUCCUGCCCAGGUCUACUUCUGGUUCUCCAGGAGGGUUUACUCCACUGUCGAGGGCGGUAAGGAUACCAUCGAAGCUGCUAAGGGCUUGGCGUCUCGGCUGUCGCAGAACAAAGAUGAGAAUCUGGAGGUUUAUCCGGACCCAUCUGGAGAUCCCACGAAGUUCUUCACAAGGCCGGAUGAUUUGAACCAAGACGUGUACCAGAUUGGGCUCUUCCUGGCCGUCCUCUACUUCAUCGUGCAAUUCCUGAAACAAACUAUCUGAUUGUGUUGUACUAGCUGCAACUCAAAUCUAAAACCCUUCUCCAGUUCUCUUGAUGAGUUUUCCAGAACGAGCUUGUGUGUAUACAUACCCAUGUAUCUAUGUCUAACGAAAAUGAUAUCACACUACAGGUGAUUCAGUAACAUGUGACAGAAAGCCAUGAGUUCUGAGACUAA